AUGAGUGAAGAAACAUAUGAAGAGACUCAGGAGUCAAGUCCUCGUCCUGUUCCGAAACUGAACGAGAGGAUCCUCUCAACUCUGUCAAGGAGAUCUGUAGCUGCACAUCCAUGGCACGACCUUGAGAUCGGUCCUGAAGCUCCAUUGGUCUUCAAUGUCGUGGUUGAGAUCACAAAGGGAAGCAAGGUGAAAUAUGAGCUAGACAAAAAGACCGGUCUUAUCAAGGUUGACCGGAUCUUGUACUCAUCGGUUGUGUAUCCUCACAACUACGGAUUCAUUCCAAGGACAUUGUGUGAAGACAACGAUCCUCUUGAUGUUCUUGUCCUUAUGCAGGAGCCAGUGCUUCCAGGAUGUUUUCUCCGUGCUAGAGCCAUUGGAUUGAUGCCUAUGAUUGAUCAGGGAGAGAAAGACGACAAGAUCAUCGCUGUUUGUGCUGAUGAUCCUGAGUACAGACAUUUCACUGACAUCAAACAACUCGCUCCUCAUCGUCUCCAAGAAAUCCGUCGCUUCUUCGAAGACUACAAGAAGAACGAGAACAAGAAGGUGGCUGUGAACGAUUUCUUGCCAUCAGAGAGCGCACAUGAAGCAAUCCAGUACUCCAUGGAUCUAUACGCCGAGUAUAUUCUCCAUUCCUUGAGGAGAUGA